AUGCUCUCAGACUGGGAGUCAAGUCUCACUGAGCUUUCCUCCGACGAGGAUACCUAUGCGCCCGCACCAAAGAAGGCGAAGACCAAGACCAAGGCAAAGGCAAAGGCGAAGGAAGAGUACAAAGUAACAAACCUUCUACAACCUUACCGAACGACCACCUAUACCGCGCAGAGUCUAUAUGAUCAGAUCGUCGACAACACUGUUCAAUUAGAUCCGGAGUACCAGCGAGAUGUUGUCUGGACCGAGGCAAAGCAGGUCGGCCUCAUUGACUCUUUACUGAGGAAUUUUUACAUCCCUCCCGUCAUCUUCGCUGUCCAGAGGCGUGAUGAUGGUUCUGAGACUCGCACAUGCAUCGACGGAAAGCAGAGGUUGACUUCAAUCCAAUUCGCUACAAACAAGAAGUACUGGUGCCAGGAGCGCGCGGGCGAGAAGCGUGCCAUUCUCCCAAAGCCACUGCUGGCGGCCCUUUCGAACAAACAGAUUGUAUGCGUGGAAUACGAUAAUCUUACGGAUGACCAGGAACGAGAAAUAUUCCAGCGCGUACAACUUGGUGUGGCCCUCACACCAGCAGGACUUCCUAAAUUGCGCUGUUUAGAACGCCUGCAGGCAAUCCCUGGGCCGUGGCCAACCCUUAUUCGCGAAGUUCAAUCAAUUGUGCUGGGUGAGGACGGGUUCGGUGAAGACCUAGACUGGGGAACCGAUCGUGGCAAAGACUUCCAGUGUCUAGCCACUAUCAUACUCCUCAUCGACGCGUACCCUAACACUGCGUAUCCGGGUGUACAGCGGCUCGAGAAAUGGCUCUAUUCAUCUUCGCCUAUUCCUGCGAAGACACGACAGGAUGUGCUUGAUACGUUCCGCAUCUUCAUCACCCUGGUCAAGGACAAGAAAUACAACGCCGCAUUCAGCAAGCCGGGGCGGGUGUCGCCGGUCGAGUUCACAAUGAUCGGCGUACUCAUUUCUCAUUUCUGCAAGACCCAUUCGCUCAAGCAGCUGUCUCAAGCAAUUUGGCGCAUGCGCGCAGACGUGCGCAGUCAUCAUGAAGACAUCCGCCAGAACUCGAAGGUCCUCAAAACCAUGUUUCAGUUCAUC